AUGAGAGUGCUGACAUACUUGGUCAUCCACGACGGAUGCACCACCUGUCUGAAAGUCGAGGACAACCAGCGAGUAUGGGACGUAAAGAAGAUGAUCAAGUACGACAACCCCUUUUCGAUUGGAGCCAAGGAUAUUGACCUUUACCUCGCGAAGACGAAAGACGGCAAGUGGUUGGCGAUGGAAGGCGACGCGGUGGAGAUGCUGAAGACACGACUGGUUCAAGAAACCAUCAAGGACAUCAUGCAGCAAGGCACCGCAAUGGAUUCGACCAAAACAGUCGGCGACGCGGCAUUCGGCUUCCCAACCAACCUUACCGCAGGUGAGAUCCACGUGUUGGUGAUCGUUCCGACGUGGCGCGCGGCAGAGUUUGUUGUGAACGAUGUUCGAUUUCCAGUGACGAAACGCAUGGGCCUGUAUCCUCCGGCGUUGGUGGCGUUUUGGAAGGCUCUUCAGGACUAUUCAACUCUGGUCGUGGCGGAUGCAAUUCUCGAGCUGCCCGUAGGAGCAUUCCUGCUGGGGUACCCCGCGCUCGGCUUGAAAGUGUAUAUUCGGCCUUGCUACCCCCCACUGUGGAAGGUCUGUUGGAAGCUGAUCCAGGACCCUAAGUCCCCGCACCUCGUGAUCCUCGGCAACCCAGGCAUUGGCAAGACAUUUUUUGGCAUUUUCAUCUUGCUUCAACUGGCUCGUGAGAACAAGACGGUGGUGUACGAGAGCGGGGCCUCGAUGUGUCGCUACUUGUUCUCUGGUGACACCGUGGUCGAGGGAACCCAAAAUGACUUCGUGGCCUUCCUCCGCUUGCCAACGACGUACUACAUUGUGGACGCCGUCAAGCCUCAGAAGUGCCAAGCAAUGACGAUCCUACUGACGUCGCCGAGACACGAGGUUUGGUUCUCAUUCAACAACGACAACUGUGACUUCCGCUACAUGCCUGUUUGGACCUUGGACGAGAUUUUGUCGUGCCGUAAGCUGCUGUAUCCGGAUCUUGACGUGAACAUGGUCACAGAUUGCUUCCAUCGCUGGGGUGGUGUCCCUCGCUACGUUUUGGAGAAUAUGCUCAGGGACACACACCAGUCGUUGCUUGAACGAGCACUUGGCAUGGUGAACUGCGACUGGGUGGUGAAUGCGAUCGGAGAGCUAGACGCCAUGUUUGAAGCGUCGCAUCGUCUGCUCCACUACGACGUCAACGAGAAAACGUUCAUCAACAAGCACGUCGUCUUUGCCUCGCCUUAUGUCCAGGACGUGGUGUACAGGCGUCUGUGCAAAGACGACCAUGACAAACUUGUGAAGUUCUUGGCUGCAUCGGAGGGCAUUGACCAACUUGGCGUGGUACGCGGUAUCGUCUUUGAACGAUACGUGCAUGCCGUAUUGCCGCGCGGUGGGCGCUUUCGCAUUCGGCGCCUUAUGCCAGAAGGAGGGAGUGGUGACGCCAACAACGUGGAUCAAGAUGACAAAGGCGGCGAGGACGAGGAGAAGUCCGAUGACGGGGCGGUGGACACAGAAGGUGAUCUUGGAGCCGAAGUGAUGAACAAGGGCGAAGGGAUUGCGUUUGUGUCGUGGGACAUCAACGAAGCGCGAGGCAUCGUCGAGAUACCUCCACAGCAAACGGUCAUGUUCGAUAAGGACAACGAAGUGGCCUCUGCUCCAAGCGGCGUCUACUUGCGUCCGAAAAACAAGAAUUACCCAUCAGUGGACGCUAUCGUCAAGCCCGACAUCUUGCUCCAGGUUACUGUUGGGGCCACACACCCGUGCAAGCAACGAGGUCUGGACAGCGCCAUAAAACUCCUUGCAACUCCUGAACAACCAAAAUUGGUCUUCGUGCUUCCUCCAGAUCGAUUCGACGACUUCAAACACCAACGGUAUGUCACGGUAGAUGGUAGGACCACGACGAACCCAUUCUUGACCUUACGCAACAUCAAGCAAUAUGCAAUGGAAGUUACGCUAGCAGUGCCACGCGAAGUGACGCAUACGAGUACCGACGGGACCAACAAGGGAGUCAAGCGACCUCGUCAGAAUGAAUGAGUCAUCAAUUAUGACUGGAUGCAUGU